AUUUUGCUUUGCGUUGAGUUUUCGCAGCAUCCCAUCCCGAAAAAGAACGCGAAAAUUUUCAGCUUGGUUCAAAUAUUUACGUGAGGAUUUUGUCUUGCCAUAUUUCUCUGUAAUUUUUACUGCAAAUUCACUUCAAAAUCAUUGAAAACGAUUGUUUUCAAGUGGCACUAAGUUUAAGCUUGCCGCUAUCGAAGAAAGCCCGCAACAAAAAGAAGACGAAGAACAGUAAUAAGCAGCGAGUCGAGUAAAGGUCGGCAAACCGCGCAAACCAAAACACUCCCGGAUGAUGGUUCCCAUCGGAGGUCCCGUGGGUCACGGCGGACAUCCCAUACACAUUCCGACGCCGAUUCAACAGAAUGCACCUCCGCCGUCACAAAGCCAGCAUGCCCCCUCCAGCCAGAAUCGUCAGUCGCUUUCUGUGAAACCAAAUUACACCUUGAAGUUCACCCUAGCCGGGCAUACCAAAGCUGUUUCUGCCGUCAAAUUCAGCCCCAAUGGCGAAUGGUUGGCCAGUUCCUCGGCGGACAAGUUGAUCAAAAUCUGGGGAGCCUACGAUGGCAAGUUUGAGAAAACCAUUUCCGGACACAAGCUUGGAAUCAGUGACGUGGCCUGGUCCAGCGACAGUCGGCUGCUGGUGACGGCCAGCGAUGAUAAGACCCUGAAGAUUUGGGAACUUAGCUCGGGCAAGUGUCUGAAGACACUGAAAGGGCAUACCAACUAUGUGUUCUGCUGUAACUUCAACCCCCAGAGCAAUUUGAUUGUAUCGGGAUCGUUUGACGAGUCGGUGCGGAUCUGGGACGUCCGGACGGGAAAGUGUCUCAAGACGCUUCCGGCACACUCCGAUCCCGUUUCGGCGGUGCAUUUCAAUCGGGACGGAUCGCUGAUUGUGUCGUCCAGUUACGAUGGGUUGUGUCGUAUCUGGGAUACGGCCAGCGGACAGUGUCUCAAGACGCUCAUCGACGACGACAAUCCUCCGGUGUCGUUUGUGAAGUUCUCGCCUAAUGGGAAGUACAUCUUGGCUGCCACGUUGGACAAUACGCUGAAGCUGUGGGACUACUCGAAGGGCAAGUGUCUCAAAACGUACACCGGCCACAAGAACGAAAAGUAUUGCAUCUUUGCGAAUUUCUCCGUCACCGGUGGAAAGUGGAUCGUUUCCGGCAGUGAGGACAACAUGGUGUACAUCUGGAACCUGCAGAGCAAGGAAAUCGUUCAGUGUUUGCAGGGCCACACGGAUACCGUUCUCUGCACGGCAUGUCACCCGACCGAGAACAUCAUCGCCUCGGCGGCGCUCGAAAACGACAAGACGAUAAAACUGUGGAAGAGCGACACAUAAAAUUGGGCCCGCAGAUAGUUGGCCGGGGGCUCGGCAAGGUCUCAGUGGAGCAAUAGCUUUACUGCCACUUCCACAACCAACUAUCCAGCAUGGUUCUGAAAAAUGAUCCGGCUCGGGAAAGCUACUGAAUUCGAUGAUUUAACAUGAGUCGUAGAUAUAAGAGGACACAACUUUAACUUCUUAACGGUGUAAUUUUACAUUUAUAUCGAUGGUAAAGUACGAUUGUAGUCGAUAAGACGUUUGAAAUUGUAAGUGUAAGUGAAAUAAAAACUUGAAUGAA